AUGAGAAACCACACAAUAACAACAUUCAUCCUGCUGGGACUGACUGAUGACCCACGAAUGAAAGUUCUAGCUUUCAUCUUUCUUUUUUUCACCUACAUGUUGAGUGUAGCUGGGAACCUGACCAUUAUCUCCCUCACCCUCACAGAUGGCCAUCUCAGGACAGCCAUGUACUUAUUUCUCCAAAAUUUCUCUUUCUUGGAAAUCUCAUUCACAACUGCCUCCAUGUACUAUUUCCUACAAAAUUUCUCCUUCUUGGAGAUCUCAUUCACAUCAGCUUGUAUUCCCAGAUAUCUGUAUAGCAUCAUGACAGGUGACAAGGUCAUUACCUACAAUGCCUGUGUGAGCCAAGUAUUUUUUACUGACCUCUUUGGUGUAACUCAAUUUUUUCUCCUAGCUGCUAUGUCCUAUGACCGCUAUGUGGCCAUCUGCAAACCCCUGCAUUAUGUGACCAUCAUGAGUAGCAUGGUCUGCAGAAGACUUGUAUUUUGUUGUUGGGUAGCUGGUCUAUUCAUUAUAAUCCCCCCACUUAGCCUAGGCCUAGAAUUGGAAUUUUGUGAUUCUAAUACCAUUAAUCAUUUUGUCUGUGAUGCAUCUCCCCUCCUGAAAAUCUCGUGUUCAAAUACUUGGUACAUGGAACAGACUGUUAUCAUCUGUGCUGUGCUGACCUUCCUUAUGACACUGAUGUGUGUGGCUCUGUCCUAUAUUUAUAUCAUCAAGACAAUUUUAGGAUUCCCUUCUGCCCAACAGAAGAAAAAGGCCUUUUCUACUUGCUCUUCCCACAUGAUUGUGGUUUCAAUCACCUAUGGUAGCUGCAUCUUCAUCUACAUCAAACCUUCAGCAAAGGACUCAGUGGCCAUUAACAAGGGUGUGACCAUCCUCACUACUUCCAUCGCUCCAGUGCUGAACCCUUUCAUUUAUACAUUGAGAAACAAGCAAGUCAAACAAGCCUUCAAUAACUCAAUCAAAAGACUUGCUAUAUUAAAAAAAAACAAGAGAAUGUAA